AUGGAGGAUAUGUUGAAUAAAAAGCUGCAUAGUAUAUUAGAACUGCAGAGAGUUGGUCCCUGGUUUAUGUUCUCUGAUGUGCGCCACUGCGCGCGGGAUUGACCCAAGUGAUAGCCGGAGAAAACCCUACAACGCGCCGAUACCCAGAUGGAGGUUGCAGAGAGGGUACGUUCCAACAUACCCUAAAACAUUAAGAAAAAUCAAUUAAUUCUGGUGCCUUUAUUACUGGUUAAUCCGCUGGACAUUCCCACUACAAAAAUAUUCAGUAUUCGCACGUCCAUUUCAAGUGAAACUUCAAUUAUUUAUUUUUAAUUCAAAGUUAUUUGUUGUUUUGUACCAUUUCCUUUGUGAUAAACUGGAGUGUCAAGGGUUCUCGUUCACGGGGUCAAUGGAUCGAGCGAGAGGUUUAUUCUCAGGGAACUAAAAAUGUGCCUGGCGCGUGAUGAAAGGAUUGUCACACCCCUAGAAUACCUGUGAAUGAAUAUUUUUCGUGUGACUAAGUUCAUCCAGAAGAUGUUUAUAAAUACUGCAUGAUGUCGGGCAGUGAUAAAAACUCGAAUGAGACAAUGGAGCUCAGUGAUGCUGGCAAUGACAAGAGCUCAGUGCAUCUUGCUGUAUCAUUCAGAAAACUGUGCAUCGCCACCGCCUGUUUACCACUCGUCACGUUGUUAAUCUGUUUCGUUACUGCAUAUAUUUUUCAACAGGAUGAUAUACAUGAGACGCAUUGCCGAGUUUACAACGUGCUUCCCUCAAUAUCAGCGAUAACUGGAGUCUCGCCCCAGAGGUACCUCUGGCGAGUCAGCAUAGCCCUCCAUAUCGGACCCCGACUCGUAAUCGCAAUCGUCUAUCACUCGUUUUACCGUAAAAUUCUCACAGCACUUGAACAUUUGCCAACAAAAGUACUUGGAUGCAGACUCCUGAAUCUCUGCUUCUGGCUCAACAUCGCUGAAAUAGCGUCCCUCUGUGGUGUAACAUACAUCUCCAACCGCGAGAAUUACUAUGCCCAUGAGAAAAUCUUUAUCAUUUUCAUGGUGAGCUCACUAAUGUACAUGCUGGCUGCUGUCAAAUUGGGACGCUUGGUGACACCAACAGCACAAAGUCUACAUUAUAAAGAGAAGUUAUUUGUCACCAGUCUUGUCAGUACUGUUGGACUCAUUGUUUUCUUCCUUAAGCAUCGAUUACUGUGUCAUGAUUUGGCAUUCAGCUGGUUCUCGUUAUGCGAGUACAUAAUAGCCUCAGCAAACAUGGGAUUCCAUGCAACAGUCAUUCUCGAUUUUCCAAAGGAACGACUGGUCGUGGGUUAUGGAAUGCCUGCGGUGAAAAUUGAUUAAA